UUUGUCAUAUUCCCAGUUGUGAAGAGCAAGUUGGCCGACAAAUAUUGGUUUAAGGACAAUGGCCCCCAGCUGAAGGCAGUGACGGCAAGAGACUGAGAUGGAGCUGACCUCAGUAGACGCCUCUGCUGUGCUGGGCUUAUGGGACAACAGCUCCAUUCCUGGUUUCCUUCUUAACGAGAGCAUUCUCAAUGACACUUGCUUCCUCAAUGCUUUGAAUUGCACUAAUGGGACAGAUGCGGGGAACCGAGCAGGAAUAAGCAUGGCAGGAAUCCUCAUCCCUCUUAUUUACAUCAUUGUCUGCAUCGUCGGCCUGGGGGGAAACUCACUGGUCAUCCACAUCGUCCUGCACUACUCCAAGACAGAGUCAGUGACCAACAUCUACAUCCUGAAUCUAGCUAUAGCCGAUGAGCUCUUCAUGCUGGGCCUUCCGUUCCUCGCCGUGCAGAACGCCAUGCACUCCUGGCCCUUCGGCUCAUUCACGUGCAGGUUGGUCAUGACCGUUGACGGCAUUAACCAGUUCACCAGCAUCUUCUGCCUCACCGUGAUGAGCAUCGAUCGCUACCUGGCCGUGGUUCAUCCUAUACGGUCCUCAAAAUGGAGGCGACCGCAAGUGGCCAAGGCGGUGAAUGGAACAAUCUGGGCGGGCUCGUUUUUGGUAGUCUUGCCUGUGGUGACUAACACCCAGAUUUAA